UGGGCUAAAGGUGGUCCAAAACCCUACCUGGCCUGUUAAGCAUGGGCCGAUUUGGGUUUAAUUAGCUGAGGCGGUGUCGGGAGAGGAGAGGAGAGGAGAAUGGCUCAUCAGCUGAUACGCCCCCUGAGGCAGUGGCCGAGAUUGCAGUACCACUGCAUCUUUACCCCGACACUCCAUCAUUCUCUCUCCUCCCCUUCACUCUUCUCCACCAAAGCCAUCUCCCACCUUCUCUCAUUCACCAAGCCUCCAUCUCUUCAUAGCAACCGCCAUUUCCGAUCGUACGGUCUCAGAUUGCCGAACGAUCCGGCGCCGUCACAUCUCCAAGAAACCGCCGGCGAGCAGGAUUCCGAUGCCAAAAGGAGCCGCAACGAAAGGAAGCGAGAAGCUCGGCGCGCCGUCCGUUGGGGGAUGGAACUCGCGGCCUUCUCAACCCCUCAAAUCAAACGAAUUCUCAGAAUGGCUUCGCUUGAGAGAGAAGUCUUCGAUGCUCUCAUGUUGGUCAAGAGACUAGGGCCUGACGUCCGUGAAGGAAAGCGGAGACAGUUCAAUUAUAUAGGAAGACUGCUAAGGGGAGUGCAACCUGAAUUGAUGGAUGCUUUGAUCCAGGCUUCAAAAGAUGGUGACCAGAGUAGGCUGCAGGCUUUAUCUGGUCUAGAUACAAGGGUUGUUGAGGAGGAUGGCGAAGAAGAUGAAGCAAACGAAGAAGAUUAUGAGGAGGAAGAUGAGGAAUCUAAUACCUACAUUGACAUAGCAACCAGAUGGUCUGACGGGCUAAUCAAUAAGGACAUUGAUGUUACCAAUGAAGUUUAUUCAGUUCAGAGUGUUGAGUUUGAUCGUCAGGAGUUGCGUAAACUUGUACGGAAAGUGCACUCAAUUCAAGGCCAUCAAGCCAUUAUCAAGGAAGAAGAAGACGUGGCGCUACUUGGUGCAAAAAAGUCCCUAUUCCAAUUCCUUUACACCCUUGCAAAGCAGUUGCCAACUGAAUAAGACAUGAUCAUGUUGAUUUAUGUCAUUUUUUUGUGCCAUCAUGUAUUUUCACCAGAAGCAUGUCAUAUUUGCCUUAUAGUUGCACGAUAGUGAGUCUCUCCAAUUGGUAGGUUCCCAAUGUUUGCAGAUAACAAACCAAUGACACCUAACAAGGCAAGGAGUCAAGGGAGAUCAUAGAUUAUGGACGCGAUAAGACACAUUUGUCUUGAUUGAAAAUUACAAGGGUGGCUGCUAAAAUAUUCAAUCUCUUAUACUACAUAAUGGCAUUAUUUUUCCAAGUUGGCUUGCUUUUCUAUUCAGCUGAUGUGAUUAAAAACUGGAGAACGCACAUCAAGAUUGCUUAAACAUUAUUAUCACUUCCCAGGAAGGAAGAAUACAAAGUGAAUGGUUCCAUUUGUUUCAGGUA